AUGUUUUUACCUUUUCCUAAGAAUGACCGCUUAUCAUUCUUUAGCUGCCACGUUCACUCUCUUUCUUUCUCUAUCUCACUCCUUCUUUUAAUUCGAUAUUUGCAUACGUUUUUCUUCUUUCUUUUUUUCAUUUAUAUGGCUAUUCACUCUUUUCUUUUCCUUUUAUUCUUGUCAGUGUUCUCUUUCUCUUCAUAUUUUAUUUUAAAUCUCUUUCAUUUCGUUCUUUUUAUCUUCCUUCAUGUUCAGAUUUCUUUAUCUUUCUCUACGCUUUCCAGUUCUUCCCAAAGCAAAUUCUUCCUCUAUUUUUCUUUUUUUUUUCUUUAUUUGUUUUACCGUCUUUCUCGAAAAUAUCUUUUUUCAAAAUCUAUCGUCUCAUCUUCAUUCGUUCUCAGUUUUUCUUCUCUCUUUCUUUUUUAUCUUUUUUCCUCUUUCGCUUUUCUUUUCUUUUUUAUUUUUCCUUCUCUAUUUCUCACCCUCUCUCUCGCUCUCUCUCUCUGUUUUUUUCUCUCUUUGUCUCCAAUUUCUCUUUUCUUUUUGUCAAAAAAAAAUGAGACAAAAUGGAAAACAAUUUACUUAAUUUUCUUUCUCACUGAUUUUUUAUUUUUGUUCUGUCUUUCAUUUCUUCUUCUUUGUCAUUUUUUCCUCUUCCUUUCUUCUUUUAAUAUCUCUUUCCCUCUUUUUUUCUUUUUAACCUAUUUUCUCUUCCUCGACGUUUUUUCUCUUUCAUUCUCUUCUCUUUUCUUGGAUCUUUUUUCUAUUCCUUCUCUUUUCUAUUUCUCUCUUCUCUUCAUACUCUCCCGUCUUUUCUCCUUCCUUCCUUUCUUAUAUCUUUUCAUUUACGCUCUCUCAUUUUCAUUUUUCAUUUUUUAUUCCUCGUUGCUUUCUUUCCGCUUUACAUCCCGUCUCUUCUCUUUCGUUACUCUAUCUUUUCUUCUUCUUCUUCUUCUUCUUCUUUUUCAAUUUUCUUUUCUCUUUCUCGCUUUUCUUUUCUGUCUUCCUUUCUUUUUAUUCUCGGCAGUCUUUUCUCUCUUCUUCCCUUUCCCUUUUCCCUUUCUCAUCCUCUUUUCUUUUUCUCUUUUUCUCUUUCUCUCUUUAUUUUCACUUCUUCCCUCUGCUAUUCUUUCUAUCUUUCUUUCUUUCUUUCUUUCUUAA